CAGCCUUAUAGGUCCUUAACUAUAUAAACCCAUGGAUGCUAGCGUCUAUUACAGAGAUCAAUCAAUCGCAUUAACACUUCAAAGACUAUAUAUAUACAUCUUAGCUUUAUUAAGAGAGUCAUCAUAUACUAUGGCAAGUGUAAGGAUAUGGGUCUGUGUCGUUUUGCUUAUACUACUCGAACUGACCUCAGUGCACCAAUGUCGAUCUUUGGUCGUAGAAGAGCGACUUUCCGGUUCAAGUCGUGUGAUGAAGAUUAGAAGAGAGCUCUCUCAGAGGCUAAAAGAGCUGAAUGCUAGGUUAGAAGGCGAAGGGAAGAUCCUUGGCAAUACUCUAGACUCGAAGCGGCUCAGCCCCGGUGGUCCUGACCCAAGGCAUCAUUAACAAAGGAGGAGAGAAACAAAAUUCUGCAGUUGUUAUUGCUGGGAGAGGUUUUAAUAUUAUUACAACUUUUUGACUAUAUAAUUGUAACGGUGUAGCUAGUGUUUCGCUGACACCAGCUUAUAAACAUUCAAGCUCUAAUCUGACAGAUGUGUGACGUAAAGCAGCUUGUUUGAUCUAUAGAAAUAUGUGAUAUAUUAUGUUUUGAUU